AUGGUGUUACCUGGUGAGGGAGACCGGAAGCAUGAGAGACCGACGAAGAAGGCUCUCCACAAUUUCAGGUUCCCUAACUUGAAUUGGGGAACUCAGCAAACUAUGAGGUGCGUGAAGGUCGAACCUCACGGUGGUUCAGGCGGGGAGGAAGGGAUCGAAGAGUUUAGGGAGAAGAUGAUGUUGGACAUUAAAACGGUGAGAGAAUCUAUUUUUAGAGAACACAAAGAGGAGGAAGAGGACACGAACGAGAAAGAUGAAUCAGAACAGCCGAAGAAGGAAAGGGAGGUUUCUCCGCCGGAAGAGACGGCGGAGGUGAAGAGGUGGAAUUUAAGAAAGAGAAGAGGAGACUGUGAGGAUUCGUUUAUAGAAUUAGGGUUUGGGUUUUUCGAGGAGAAAGUGAAUACGUCGUCGAUAAGGUCCACUUUCAUCUCGACGCUGACGAAGAAAGAGGUGGAAGAUGAUAUGAUGAUGAUGAUGGGUAAAGCACCACCGCGACGACCCAAGAAACGUCCCAGAGCGGUUCAGAAAAAGAUCAAUUUGCUGCAUCCAGCUUUUUAUUUUAGUGAGGAAGUUGCUGAAGAUAUCUACAAUGUCUCGGAUGCCGCCGAGAAGGUGAAGAAGGUAUCAUCUUUCACAAUCCCAUGA